GUGUUACACAGUAACCCAGCUUUGUGGCUGUGGAUACGUCGCAAGGGGUUAAAAGCGGCCACGGAGUAUUAAAAAAGAAUAAUAUUAAUGCGAACAUAUUCUGCUGUGCUUCGUGUUGCGUUUAAGGACUUUAAGGAGCGCGAGGAAAACGGCGCGUUUCACUGGAAGCUGAGUUUUGUUUGAUUUAACCUGCUCGUAAAGGGAAGGCGUUAUGUGUGCCAAUCCAAAGACUAAGUUUGGGCUGGAAAUAGAUAGUGUCAAUGGGCGCAUUUUAAUUUGCAAAGGGAAUUUGUAAAGUGAGCAUAUGACAGCUCAGAUUAGCAGUAGCCUAGCUAGACACAAACCGGUCGGGUUCGGGCAGAUGUGAUCACAAGAAGGGACACGUUUACUGUAUUGCUUAGCUGUCAAGUGUGUUAUUUAAAUGGUCCAUGCAAUACUAUUACACAGACGAGCCUCUCCGUCCGCAUUGCUUUGACGACAAAAGCAACAGAUCUUCCCGCGGGACGUUGUUUCUGGUGACAUAACCCAUCCACCAUGGAUCUGCUGGAGUGUCCGCUCUGUCUCUUCCUGAUGUGCGAGCCGGUGACCAUGUCGUGCGGCCACACGUUCUGCCGGAGAUGCGUCGGGGGCUACCUCCCGUCCAAAUGCCCGUCGUGCAAAGAGAGGUUAAAACAACGAGAGGUGAAAAGCAUGAAGAACAAUGUCUUGCUCAUCAGCGUGGUGGAGAAGUGCUGCCCCGACGAGACAAAGACCAAGUGCCAUAUACUGGAGAAGCUCAAGGCCAACGAGUUCUCGGAAGCUUUACGCAUCGCGAACGAGGGGCUGCAUUUAGUCCCAGACGAUCAGAGCUUGAAACUGUACAGAGCUGAAGCUAACUGGGGCCUGAUGCGUUUCUCUGACGCUCUGACGGACCUCGACUACCUCUGCUGCCUUCGUCCCAACUGGACUGAGGGCUUCUUUCGUAAAGGGAAUGUACUGCUGGAAAUGGGUCAGCAGACAGACGCCCUCAUCCAGUUCCAUCGUUGCCUAAAACUUCAAGCUGACUUUGUUCCUGCAAAGAGCCAGAUCAAGAAGAUCCUGGAGGCGGAGGGCAUGGCAGUGCCGGACGAGGUGCCGUGCAUCUUGCAAGUUGUGUCUGAGUACCUGAAAGGGCCCUGCCCCAUCACCAGCCUCAGCGGCUCCCAGGGGCCUACUCACCCAGAGGGCCUCAAACAUCGUGGGGAUGAUGGAGAUGGAAAAGGAAGGAGAGAGUCACACCAGGGCUCCAAGGUGAAGCAUGACACGGGUACUGAGUGCUGCCUCAGCCUCUGCCAAGCUGUUUCCUUCCUCCCUGCCGCCGAGGAGGACGAGGAGAUGAUGAUGAGGAAGGAAGAUGGGCAUGGCAUGGGUGAAAGUGGGCGCAGCAGAGAGAAAACUCUGAGCGUUCUUACUGUGUCAGACUUUGAGUGCCCUCUCUGCAUCAGGUUGUUUUUCGAGCCAGUCACUACUCCCUGUGGUCACACCUUCUGUAAAAACUGCAUAGAGCGGAGUCUGGAUCACAACCUCCGCUGUCCACUCUGCAAACAGCCACUACAAGAGUACUUUAAAAACAGGAAGUACAACCCCACAGUUCUGCUUCAGGACAUCAUGACCCGCCUUUUUCCCUCACAGCUGGCCGAGAGGAAACAGGUCCAUGAAGCUGAGAUGGCUGAACUGUCCAAUCUAACUAAAGACAUCCCUAUAUUCGUUUGCACGGUGGCCUACCCUGGAGUGCCCUGCCCCCUGCACAUCUUUGAGCCUCGAUACCGGCUGAUGAUGCGUCGCUGCAUGGAGACUGGCACCAAGAAGUUUGGCAUGUGCAGCUAUGAGCAUGGCAAGGGGUUUGCAGACUAUGGCUGCAUGCUGGAGAUCCUCAGUCUGGAGCUGCUGCCUGAUGGGCGGUCCUUUGUGGACACAGUGGGUGGCAGCAGAUUCAGGGUGCUUAAGAGAGGUCAGCGGGAUGGCUACCACACUGCUGAUAUCGAGUACCUGGAGGACCUCAAGGUUGAUGGUAGUGAGAUGGAGCUUUUGGAGCAUCUCCAUGACAGUGUGUAUCAGCAGGCUCAGGACUGGUACCAGCGCCUCGGCAGCCGCAUUCGCGAGCAGAUCAACAGACAGUAUGGCACCAUGCCAGAUAAGGAGGAAGACAUUCAGGCCUCGUCUGAUGGUCCGGCCUGGUGCUGGUGGCUGCUGUCUGUCCUCCAGCUGGACCCUGCCUAUCAAACAACUGUCCUGUCCCUGACAUCACUCAAAGACCGCCUGGGACACCUCCGCCUCGUCCUUGAGUACUUCUCUCAGAGCUAGACCCCACAGCUCAGUGGUGCUGUGACCACAACAAGCUGAGAGUUGAUUAUUGCACACACACACACACACACACACACAGACACAUGAGAGUGAAACCAAUGAAUGCACUCACACCACAGAGUUUGGGGCUGGGUCUACUCUGAAUCUUAAAGUCACAGCUCAAAGCCGUUCACUAGCAGAGAGAGAGUGAUUUUAUUAGAAAACACAGUGUACAGAGUUGGGGUUUUGCUGUUUGAGUUUGCAUGUGUUCUCUUUCUUACACCAUUUUCUUCCCCAGGAAUUCAAGGGUUCAGAGUAGUUUGUGCAUAUAUGUUGUACCCGCUGCAACAAGAACUACAAAACUGACCAAAGAUAUGUCCUGUUUAGGUCCAUCAAAAGUGGUAAAUUGUUUUUUGUUGAUCAACUAAAUCAGCUCGAAGAAUAUUGCUGAAUAUGAGCACUAGAUGUCACUGUUUUCUCUCCAGUUAUUAUAAACAUGAAGAACAUGCAGCAUUAGCUGAGCCAGUGCAGCACACUGUACUGUCAUGUGUGGCCUAUUCCAAUCAGACUCUGUGCAUUAACAAAGCUUAGUUUGGAGUGAGAAUAAACAUUAAUAGCACACACAAUUUGUAGAGAUUUGUAGGCUAUUUUUCAGGACUAUGCACAUCAGAGGUUAUAUGGAUAUUGCUGAGGGGCACUAGUUGUAAUGCUUACAUGUUAGUUGCAUCUAUGGGCCUUGGCAGCCAUUGAGAAUGGCUCAUUUUAUACUGAUGAAUAAUCUUUGAAAAAUAAAACCCUAUUUAGUAUUAAAUAUUGCAAUAAUAAUUUAUAGUGGCAGCAACUGGAGAAUCUUUUUUUAAAUGAAUGCAAGCUGCCGAUGUGGCUGCUGGAUGUCUCUCUGGAUGCUGUUUGUCAUCAUCUGGUGGGAAGAAUCUUCUCUGAAAUUAUGGCAAUGAGGAGACGUAGGCGGUCAGUGGAUGGGAGGUGUACCAGCUUAGUUUUACAGUGUGAACCUGUGUGAUUAUGUAUGGUGGUGGAUGCAGCACUGUAUGUGUGUGUGUCAGCUGUAAAUAUGAAGUCAUUUUUCUCAGUUGCCAUCUUCAUUAUGUUUUAAAUUCCACAUGGCGUGGUGUCAGCACUGAUAAGAGCUACUGUCAUGUCCGCUCCCUCGAGGUGCAGUGGUUAUAGAUGAAGCGUCAGUCCAGGGACAGAGAGUCUGACUAGGGGUUUGUCCCCGCGUGGUGCCUGUGUGUGUAGGCCACAUCACCUUUGUCUGGCUCCUGCUGCGUCUCCUGGUCUGUCUGGCCCCUCUACCACCAGUCAUGGUGCCUUUGAGUGCCUUGGCCAACUCGCCACGAGACCUGCAAGUCUUAUACGCCACAUUUAGGAUGGAUUGUGUGAUCAUUUUUUUUACCAUUGAUUUUUAUUGAUAUAGUGCUACAUUCCAUGGAAUGUUGAAGCUGCAAUGUUAAAGUUAAUUUACUUACAAAUAUGGGCUUAACUGGGUGAAACGUUAGAGCUUUUUUUUUUCACUUUGAUAAAUGUGCCAUGAUAUUUCUGUGUUUUGUAGGAAUAGUUUGCAAAGUAGUCACUGUGUUUAUGUUUGUCUACAUCAUGGACUCUGAAGUCCGACUUUAAGCCUCAUGCCUUUUGUAUGGUGGGCAUUGAACUACCACCUUCUCACGGCCAACAUAUAACAUAUCACUUUAAAGCUGGAGUGCAGGAUUUGUACAUGUACAUGAAAGUAUAUUACAUUUACAUCCUUGCCAAACAAGUUCACACAACACUAAGUCCUUCGCUGCCAGAGAAAGAUUUCUUUAUUUCGCAGUAUACCAGAGUUCAGUGUCUGAUGUCAGUGUGGACUGGUGAACCAGAAGUGAUGUGUUUUACAUCAAGGGAGGGAUGGACCAUCGCAGUGGAGCAGUGGCUAGGAGUAUGGCAGAAAAUCCUAAGUAACAUCCAAGAAAAGUUUCUGGAAUGGAUGGUCCUGAUAAAAAACAAACUUGUGUAGAAGAGGGAUUAAAGGUCUAGUGUGUAGCAUUUAGUGACACCUAGCGGUGAGGUUGCAGAUUGCAACCAAUGGAAGCAUAGAGGAAAACUAUGGUGGCCGAUGCAAAGACGCAAAAGGCGCUAUCUAGAGCCAAUGUUUGAUUUGUCUGUUCUGGGCUACUGUAGAACAACAUGGCGGACUCUGUGGGAGAUGACCUGCUCUGCAUGUAGAUAUAAACAGCUCAUUCUAAGGUAACAGAAUCACAACAGCUAUUAGUUAUGAAUAACGUGUUCCAUCCCUGCCAAUAGAUGCACCUGAAUCCCACACACUGGAACAUUUAAGGUAAAAAAAAAAAUAAAUAAAAAAGAGUACUCCUGGGGCUGAACUCAUCCUCAUACAUCAUAAGCACGCAUUGACAGUGUUUGUGUAAUUACUCUCGCACAGAAGUUCUGCACUACAGCUUUAAACUAUCAGAAUUAGUCCAGCAAACACACUCAUAGAUACAGUUUGUGUGAUACAGAACUGCUGUGCUGCCAGUGUGAUAUUGUAGAUACAGCUUAGAAUAAAAGCGGUAAUUGUGAGACUUGAUACGCACAAAAAUGUCCCACUAAAGGGCGAAGCAGUGGACAGACAGAUGGAUACUGAAGCUGCAUUGGUUACCUAAAAAACUGGCUUACCAUUGAACUUUGACCUGGGAAUUUACACUUUGAAUGAGGGCAAGAAACAUUGUUAUUACCAUUUUUUAAAAUGGGUUAAUCGACUUCAGUUAUUAUGCUGUUGUUUCUGAAGACAUCGGGGCCUGGAACUGUUGUCAAAGACUUAAAUGUGCCAGUUAUCACACCAUGUCUCCAAAGCUAGUGUAUCAUAAAGGUCAGUCUCUUGCUGCUACCAGACAUGAUUAAAGCUAACUCGCAAAUAAAAAGGGAUUGAGAUUCUCAUAGAAUUUUUUGAAAGACCAGCCUCAAAAAGCCUUUGUGGUGAACGCAUGACUACGAGCCCACAGCCACUGUGCUGAAUUUCACUUUCCUAGUCGACAUCUUAUCAGAGAAGAAAAUAUUUUUGAACAGUGAAAUAACUUGUGUGUGUUUUUGUUUUCUGAUGCUCAGCUGCAGUUUGUCACAUUUUUCUCUCUUCCUCACAUCAUGCACAUUUUUCUGUCUCUUUUAUUACGUAAAGAUGUCACUUUCAGUAACAUGGUGAUAUAUGUUGAUCACAGCAGUCGGGAUCGUAUUGGUUUACUCUUUAAAUUAAUUUGUGCACCAGUGUGCGAUUUUACAUGAUAAAAUGCUAAAAAUGUUUUUAAAAAAUGAAUGAUUGUACCCUCAUGUUUUGAUCCAACUUAUUGGUCAAUUUAAUGUUUAAUUUGACAUGUCAUGACUUCAUCUCACCUAGCCUGCAGCUUUAUGCCCCUUCUACUCUGGCAGAUGCCCAUUAGCCAUAGUUGCAGUAUAAUUGGACUGUCACAAAAUGUCCUCCAAUACAGUUCAAACAAUUUACACCAAAUCCACAUUGCCUCGAACGCAGAACACAGAGCAUAAUAAGUGACCCGUUCUUGGCAGCAACUCCCCUGUGAGAACAAGUCUUACACUUGUGUACUUGGGAAAGGCUGUGAACAGCACCAUGGUGGCGUGUUCUCACCAUGUGCUGCAGCUCACAGGAAAUGCUGGUAGAUGUGGUCUGGUGGUCAGUGGUCUAGAGACAGCUAGAGAUAGAGAUGUGCAUUGUUACUACUCUGUGCUUGCAUACUUUGCUGUUAGGAGCAAGUACAUGUAAACCCACGGAACACUAAAGCAACUCCUGUUUGACUCAUUUGUAUUCACCUCCGAGCCAAGAGCAGCAAAUUAUCUUAAUCUGAUUAUUGUUUAUUCGCUUGCCCCCUGGAUGACUUUUUAAAUGUUAUUAUAAAUAAA